AUGACUUUCUGUCGUUUAAAUCAACAAAAAAUUCGUGCUGAUAGUUAUCGAGGAAUGAUCGAUUAUUUACAACGGUCAGCUGAUAAAUCAGAUAAUCGUAUCGGAAAAAUGGUGAUUCUACCAUCAUCAUUCACAGGUUCCCCACGUAACAUGUAUUACCAAGAUGCAAUGGCUAUUGUGAGGAAAUUUGGUAAACCUGAUCUUUUUGUAACUAUGACGUGUAAUCCAAAUUGGCGAGAAAUCCAAGAAAAUUUAUUGCCUGGCCAAAUAGCAUCAGACAGACCAGAUAUUGUUUCACGAGUAUUUGAUAUAAAAAAGGAUGAACUGAUAACAAUAAUAAAAAAGAAAAAAUUAUUUGGUGAAGUACUUGCAUUUGUAUAUGUCGUCGAGUAUCAAAAACGUGGACUUCCUCAUAUUCAUUUAUUAGUUACUUUGAAACAUGGCGAUAAAAUGCUUACUCCUGAAAAAGUUGAUAAGUAUAUUUAUGCAGAAAUUCCUGAUUCGAAUAUUUAUCCUAUACUUCAUAAUAUAGUUAUAAAAAAUAUGAUUCAUGCCUGUGGUGAUUGGUGCAAAAAUGAAAAAGGAGGAUGCUCUAAAAGAUUUCCAAAAUUAUUUCAAAACGAGACAACAAUGGAUGAAAAUGGUUAUCCUACUUAUUGUCGUAGAAAUACUGGAGAUUUUCUUUUGCCUAACGGAUCAACAACAGAUAAUCAAUAUGUCGUUCCAUAUAACCCUAUAUUAUUGAAAACUUUCAAUUGUCAUAUUAAUGUUGAAAUUGUUACAAGUAUCAAGUCAGUAAAAUAUCUCUAUAAAUAUAUUUACAAGGGUCACGAUAAAGCUGCUGCUCAAAUAACAAAUAAUAACAACAAUGAUAAUAAUAAUAACAAUACCAUUGAUCAUGAUGAAAUUAAAAAUCAUAUAGACUCGAGAUAUGUUAGUCCAGUUGAGGCAUGCGAUAGAAUAUAUGGAAGACCACUUCAAAACAAAAAUCAUUCAAUUAUACGACUGCCUGUUUAUUUACCGAACGAGCAGAGCAUUACUAUUAGUGAUGAAGCAAGUGAAGAGGCUAUGAUGCAUUGA